AUGUCCAGAAGAAGAGCGUACCCACAACCUCAGUACGCGGUCCAGCAGCCUCCAGCGGCUCAGCCUUCCUUCAACUCUUAUGGCGUGGACCAGGCUGCCCAGGGUUUCCAGAACUUGAAUCUUCAACAACCCCAACAACAGCAGCAGCAGCAACAGCCGCAGCAGCCUUCUCCAUACCCUGCCAAUGGCGCUGGUCAAGGCUAUCCGGGCCAGCAGGCUCCAGGAUAUGGCUACCAGGCUGAUCCUUAUAACCAGCCUCAGGCACAGCAGCCUCAACAGGCACAGUAUCCAAAUCAGUACCAGGCUCCAUACCAGAACCAAUACCAGGCCGGCUACCAGGCGCCAGACGCUUAUAGUCAGCCUAGCCAAGGACUGUACUAUGGCGGUGUGGGUGCUUCUGGUGCUACUGCUAGCGCUGCUGGCUCAUUGCCUUUGAAUCAGUUGUAUACGACCGACUUAUCCAAGGAAUUGCCUCCUUCCAUCUCUGAUUUGACUUUGCCUCCUCCACCAUUGAUUGUCCCUCCGUCUUCCACUAUCGUUCCUGGAUCUGAAACGGCAAACGCCUCGUCCGAGUACCUUCGUUCAACGUUGAACGUUAUUCCUGUCAACUCGUCCCUCUUGAAAAAAUCGAAAUUACCCUUGGCUCUCGUGGUGAGACCUUAUACCGCUUUGCAUGAGUCUGUUGAGAAUGCGCCCGUGACUAGAGAUACUAUCAUCUCUCGUUGUCGUCGUUGUAGAGGUUACAUUAACCCGUUCGUCUCGUGGACCGAGGGCGGUAAGCGUUGGAGAUGUAACUUCUGUGGCUUGCAGAACGACGUUCCCGCAGCUUUCGACUACGACGAGUUGUCCCAGAAAUCUCUCAACAGAUACGACCGUGUGGAAUUGAACAACUCUUGCGUGGAGUUCAUUGCUCCAAAGGAGUAUAUGGCAAGAGCUCCUCAGCCAAUCGUUUACACCUUCAUCAUCGAUGUCUCUGCUGAGGCUGUGGCUACUGGUAUGACUUCUACAGUGGCAAGGACCAUAUUGGAGAGCUUGGAUCGUAUUCCUAACAAUAACAAGACCGCUAGAAUUGCCAUUCUCGGUGUUGACUCCAACAUACACUUCUUCAGGUUCCGUGAGGGCUUGGACGAGGCUCCAGAAAUGUUGAUUGUUUCUGAUCUUGAUGAGCCUUUCUUGCCUUCCCCUGAAGGCUUGUUGAUCAACUUAGAUGAAAACAGAAAAGCGCUUGAAAAAAUGUUGAUGGAGUUCCCUAACUACUUUGAAGGUACCGCCAAUCCACACUUCGCUUUGGGUCCAGCUUUGAGAACUGGUCAUAGACUCACAAGCAACAUCGGUGGUAAGCUUGUUGUUUUCUCCUCCACCUUGCCAAACAUCGGUGAGGGUAAGUUGGCUCCUAGAGAUGAAUCUCAAUCUGGAAAGCCAAAGGAGUCACAAACCUUGUUAGUUGCUGCUGAUAAGUUCUACAAGUCGUUUGCCGUUGAAUGUAACUCUGCCCAGGUUACCAUCGACUUGUUCUUGACUGGCAGCAAAUACCAGGAUGUUGCAUCCUUGUCAAACUUGCCUCGCUUCACUGCUGGUCAAACUCAUUUCUAUCCAUCGUGGACCUGCAACAAGGAAGAAGAUGUCACAAAAUUAUCUAAGGAAAUCAGUGAGCAUUUGUCUAUGGAAAUUGCUUUGGAAGCUGUUUUAAGAGUGAGAUGCUCUACAGGCUUUAGAAUGAGCGGCUUCUUUGGUAAUUUCUUCAACAGAUCAUCCGAUUUGUGCUCGUUCCCAUCUUUCCCAAGAGAUCAGAGCUACGUAAUCGAGGUCUCUAUCGAAGAAACCGUCACAAAACCAGUUGUCUACUUCCAAGCUGCUGUUCUACAUACCACUUGUUACGGAGAAAGAAGAGUCAGAGUCAUCAACUUGGCUAUCCCAACCUCCAACAAAUUAGACGAUAUUUACGCUUCUGCUGAUCAGCUCGCAAUUACAAGCUACUUGACUCACAGAGCUAUCGAGAAAGCAUUGGGCGGUUCUUUGAACGACGGUAGAGACUUUUUGUUCAAGUCUGUGGUCGAUAUCUUGAAUGUCUACAGGAAAGAUUUGGUUCCAGGCAAUGUCACUGGAUCGUCCCCAUUACAGAUCUCGACAAACUUGAGAAUGUUGCCACUCUUGCUCUUUGCAUUGACCAAGAAUGUGGGUUUCAGAGAUGAGAGACUUCCUGCUGAUCAUAGAGCCAUUGCAUUAAACAACUUGGGCUCUCUCCCUCUCAACCAUUUGAUCAAAACCAUCUACCCUACUGUUUACGCCUUGCAUACCAUGCCUGACACAUGUGGUUUACCUGAAACAUAUAUUGAAACAGACCCUGAGACUGGUGAGGAACAUGAAAUUACUUCAUCCGAUAUUUUGAUGCCUGAGCCUCAGAACGCCACCAAGACUAACUGGGAGAACUACGGUUUGUACUUGAUCGACAACGGAAAUGAGCUUUUCUUGUGGGUUUCUGGUGAUGUUGUUCCAGAACUUGUUGCUGACUUGUUUGGCACGCAGAACUUAUACGAAGUUGUGGCUGGAAAAACAGAAUUACCUGAGUACUCGUAUGAAGAAUCUGAGUUCAACUACAAGGUUCGCCAAAUCAUUGGCAAACUCAGAGAACAAAGAGAUUCCAUUGUGUGGAAGAGCUUGUACGUCAUCAUUGGUAGCGGCACCAAUGAACCAAUGGAGAUUUCCCAGGAGCGUGGCUUGAAUGCUUUGAGAUUCUGGGUCUGGAGCAACUUGGUCGAGGACAAGUCUGCACACUCCAAGGGUUACAGAGACUUCCUUACGGACCUCAAGACCAAGAUCACUGCCUAA